CACACCUGUAAUUUUUAUUCUUAAAAUAUUUACAUUUAAUGAAAUAUCUAAAUAAAAACAAAAAUAAGAUAAUAAUAUUUGUGUUUGACAUUUAAUAGUGACCUAGUGAAAAACCAAAAAUAAAUCAAAAUCAGCUCAUAAUUAGAACUAGAUUACGAAGUUAUAUCUACUUAAAGUAUACGAAUUUAUGUGCACCAGCACAAUAGAUUAUUAGCUCCAUGGUUGUGAUGGCCGAAUAUUUGACCCAGGACCGUUUGUCCGAAUUAAAACACCAUAUUAAUCAAUUACAUUAUAGUUACCUGGAGACGGAGGAAAGUCCACAAAAAAUUGAUCAACGGCAGAAACUAGAAGCCUACAUCAGAGAGUAUUUAUGUUUGGUACCGAAUCAACAUAAAUUUUGCUUUCGUGAAACAGCGGAUGUGUUACAUCGUUCAGCAAGUUACAAAACAGAUUUUAGUGGUUAUCGCGCAGCAUUAGCUUGGAAUGCUCUAAGUAUGUAUGCCGGUAAUUUACUAGCACAGCCAUGGCGAAAAGAAUAUCGAACAAUACGAUUGUAUAGUGGAUUUUACAAGCAUGAAAUUGAAGCGAAUUUAGUUGGUGCUGAAAUAAUGCUUGAAGUUAUGGGUUAUAAACAUGUCGGGGAUAGUGUUAUGGUAUUAGAAGGUCCAAUAUGUCCGGAUCGUGUCGCAAAUGUAUCGAGAGAUUCAUUGGUGGCAUUUGUUGAAUGUCAGAUUAUAAAAAAUAUAUGGGAAGAAAUAUCAUCACGCUUUAAAAUAUCAUGGCUAGAUGUAUUAGAAUUUCGUGAAAAACAUAUAUGUUCACCAGAUCAAGCUGUUCGUGCGCUUGCUUACAGAUGGCAUGAACGUAAUUAUCAAAGUACACAAGCUCCUGUCCCAACACAAAUAGUCCAACAUCCUUUAUCACCACCAUUAGCCUCUUUAGCCCAACCAAUAUAUAAUACAACACCCAUAACAUCACAUGUAAUUGAUAAUUACGCUCGAUAUCAACCACUAGUUGUACACGCACCGCCACCUCAACCGACUAUUUAUGGUACUAAUCCUUAUUAUGGAUAUGGAACAUAUGGCACAGCGCCUGUUACUUCUUAUCCUACCAUCCCACAUCAAAGAUAUGCAUCGCAAUAUGCUCCAACUACCUAUCAACCAGUAAUCACACCAAAAACACCUAUUUAUUCAUCACCCAAUAAUGGUUACUGUUGUUCGCCACAAAAUGGGAGCAAUAGUUAUGUAACAAAUAGUGGUUACACGCAACAAAUACCACGAACAGUUCAAGUACCCACCGGCCAGUUGAUUGAACUAGACAGUGUGGCAUAUCAAGAACUUCCUAAGAAAUCAUCUUCAUACAACAAUAACACAGAACUGACAAUACCAUCACCAAAAGCUCGUGACGAAGGAACAGGUACUUUUGAAAGUUGGGAUUACGUAUUCCGAAAUUUAGAAAGCCAAGGUUACAAUAAGGAUAUGGGUCAACGAGGGGAUUUACUAUGUCCAGAAUCAAAAAGUAAAACAAAACGAAGUGCACGAGGAGGCGAACAUAAAAGUAUGAAAAUUAGUGAUGCCUUACAAAAGAUGCGAUUGGACGAUGAUAAUUACGAUAGUCGAAUUAAUGUAGCUCACAGUAGCUCAUACGAUAAUCUAUCAUCGCACAGCUCAUCAAAUAAUAAAGGCCGCAAUAAUUAUUCAGUGAAAACGAAAUCGUUACCACGAGAAAGUAAAACUUACGAGGAUCAAGUGACUCCUACAGUUUCACAAACACUAGACGUUAAGAAAGCACGUGCGAAAACUUCAUCGAAAAACGAGAAUGUACGACACAAAGAACCGCCUAAAGAUGAAGUGGAUAACAAAAAAACAAAUCCAUCGACAAGCAAUAGUUCAAAAUGGCAUUGUAAUGCUUGCACAUAUUUAAAUGUACCGACAAAAGAUAUCUGUGAAAUGUGUGGUAAAUCAAGAAGUUCGAUAACAUCACCAAUGCCACCAAUGGCAGUUGGUGGUUCUGAAUGUCCAAAAUGUACUUUAAUUAAUGAGAAAAAUGUUAAAAUAUGCGAUGCUUGUGGGGCAAGUUUAACAAAUUCGCCUACAUAUAUCUAGAAAAAUAAAUCAAAUAGAGUAUAUUUAUUA